GUUUUCAGGUUUGAAGUCACAUUUUAAAAUUAAAAUUGCUCCCUCUCCAACCUUCUUACCACUUUUCUUCACAUUCAUUUAUUGACCCGUACUUGUAUACAUCAACACCAAAUUUUAGAAGAAAUUUCAUUAAUAUUUUCUCAUCAAAUCCCUCUUCGUUCCUUUUGUCAAUGUAGCUUCCCACUCCCACUACCCUACUUUUUAUUUUUAGCAAGUCAAAGUCUCUCUAUUUCCUUUCAAUUUUAUUUUUCUGGGGAGCCCUUUUCGCUUCGGAGGUGAGUUCAGGAGGGUUUCUUCCACUGAGAUCUGUGGACCAGCUGUGGAUUUUUUGAAUUGGUUUUAUUGUUUUGGUAUCAUCUAAUAAGAAAAGGCUGGUCUCUCCAUUCAUGAAACCAGAAGAGAAUGAGGAUCACAUAUUUUCCUAAGCGUUACGCAAUUGUAAUUUUGACCUUCAUCUGCACUUGUGUGUGCUACAUAGAAAGAGUCGGCUUCUCCAUUGCAUAUACUGCUGCUGCCGAUGCUGCAGGAGUAAAUCAGUCAAGCAAGGGUGUGAUACUUUCAACAUUCUACUAUGGCUAUGCCUGUUCACAAGUCCCUGGUGGUUGGGCAGCUCAAAAGAUUGGAGGAAGGCGUGUUCUCCUGCUUUCUUUUGUUCUAUGGUCUAUGACUUGUGCUUUUGUACCCCUGGAUCCGAAUCGAGUCGUAGUUCUGGUCCUAGCCCGCUUGCUUGUCGGAGUGGCCCAGGGCUUCAUCUUUCCCUCCAUUCACACUGUACUUGCUCAGUGGGUGCCACCACAUGAAAGGUCGAGAUCUGUUUCUCUCACAACUUCAGGUAUGUAUUUUGGCGCAGCUGUAGGAACGCUUGUGCUCCCGAGCCUGGUCAAGUUUCGGGGUCCUCAAUCAGUAUUUCUUGCUGAAGCUACUUUAGGUGUCAUGUGGUCUCUUCUUUGGUUUAAGUAUGCCAGUGACCCACCUCGAUCUGAUCAUCCGAAGGCUACAGCUGCUGGUUUUGGUGAAUCCUUGCUUCCAAUAGGAGGGAAUCAAAAGACAAAAGUAGAAAAUGGAGCACAUCCCAUUAGAACACCUAAAAUUCCUUGGAAGAGAAUUAUCCUCAGUUUACCAAUUUGGGCGAUAGUGGCAAAUAAUUUUACUUUCCACUAUGGUCUUUAUGUACUCAUGAAUUGGCUUCCGACAUACUUUGAGUUAGGACUCCAGCACAGUCUUCAAGAAAUGGGUUCCUCUAAGAUGAUGCCUUAUCUCAAUAUGUUUUUAUUCUCAAAUAUUGGUGGGGUGAUUGCAGAUCACUUGAUUACCAGGAGAAUUUUGUCAGUGACAAAAACGAGGAAGCUCCUAAACACUGUGGGAUUUGUGGUAGCUUCUUUUGCUCUGAUGGCUCUUCCCUUGUUUAGAACACCUGAAGGGGUCGUGUUUUGCUCUUCUGUGGCUCUUGGUUUCUUGGCUCUUGGAAGAGCUGGAUUUGCAGUAAAUCACAUGGAUGUGGCUCCAAGAUAUGCAGGAAUUGUAAUGGGUGUUUCUAAUACAGCUGGUACCUUAGCAGGCAUAGUUGGGGUUGAUCUUACUGGUCGACUUCUUGAGGCUGCUAAGGAUGCUCAGUUGGACCUCACAAGUCCAGAUAGCUGGAGAGCAGUUUUUGUUAUCCCAGGGUCACUCUGUAUUCUUAGUUCAAUUGUGUUUCUUAUACUAUCCACAGGGGAGAGGAUUUUUGAUUGAGAUAGGGAUGAUACCGCAUAAAUUUGUUAUUGGAAAGGCGGAAAAGGUACACUGCAGACUGUAGUUAGUGAGAUUCUUAGUUAAUAUGUCGUGAUAAC